CGACGCUUUCCCUCCACGCCGGGACUGGGGGGAGGGAGGCGGUCAUUGGCCUUAGCGCCUUUUCUGGCGGCGGUAGAUUUGAAGCGAUUUAAAGGACUGGACCCCGGGAAGAGGAGAGUGUACUAGUGCAAGCGCAAAAAGAUUGGAUCAGCUUGUCCUUGAUUUUUCUCUAUUUAAAGAUUGAAGUACUGAAGCCAUGGGAAUAAAGGUUCAGCGUCCUCGAUGUUUUUUUGACAUCGCCAUUAAUAAUCAACCUGCUGGAAGAGUUGUCUUUGAAUUAUUUUCUGAUGUGUGCCCCAAAACAUGCGAGAACUUUCGUUGUCUUUGUACAGGUGAAAAGGGGACAGGGAAAUCAACUCAGAAGCCAUUACAUUAUAAAAGUUGUCUCUUUCACAGAGUUGUCAAAGAUUUUAUGGUUCAAGGUGGUGACUUCAGUGAAGGAAAUGGACGAGGAGGGGAAUCCAUUUAUGGAGGAUUUUUUGAAGAUGAGAGUUUUGCUGUUAAACACAACAAAGAAUUUCUCUUGUCAAUGGCCAACAGAGGGAAGGAUACAAAUGGCUCACAGUUCUUCAUAACAACAAAACCAACUCCUCAUUUAGAUGGGCAUCAUGUUGUUUUUGGGCAAGUGAUUUCUGGUCAAGAAGUUGUGAGAGAGAUAGAAAACCAGAAAACAGAUGCAGCUAGCAAACCAUUUGCUGAGGUGCGGAUACUCAGUUGUGGAGAGCUAAUUCCCAAAUCUAAAGCUAGGAAAGAAGAAAAGAAAAGGCAUAAAUCCUCCUCCUCCUCCUCAUCAUCAUCCAGUGACUCAGAUAGUUCAAGCGAUUCUCAGUCCUCUUCUGAUUCUUCUGAUUCUGAAAGUGCUUCUGAAGAGAAAUCAAAAAAAAGAAAGAAGAAACAUAGGAAAAAUUCUCGUAAACACAAGAAAGAAAAGAAGAAGCGAAAGAAAAGCAAGAAAAGCGCAUCUAGUGAAAGUGAGGCUGAAAAUCUUGAAGCACAACCCCAGUCUACUGUUCGUCCAGAAGAAAUCCCUCCAAUACCUGAAAAUAGAUUCCUAAUGAGAAAAAGUCCUCCUAAAGCUGAUGAAAAAGAAAGGAAGAACAGGGAGAGAGAGAGAGAGUGUAAUCUACUUAACUCCCAGCCUGCUUCAUACCAGAGGCGACUUUUAGUUACUAGGUCUGGCAGGAAAAUUAAAGGAAGAGGACCAAGGCGUUAUCGAACUCCUUCUAGAUCCAGAUCCAGGGAUCGUUUCAGACGUAGUGAGACUCCUCCACAUUGGAGGCAGGAGAUGCAGAGAGCUCAAAGAAUGAGGGUAUCAAGUGGUGAAAGAUGGAUCAAAGGGGAUAAGAGUGAGUUAAAUGAAAUAAAAGAAAAUCAAAGAAGCCCAGUUAGAGUAAAAGAGAAAAAAAUAACUGAUCAUAGGCAUGUUUCUGAGAGUCCAAACAGAAAAAGUGAAAAGGAAAAGAAAGUUAAAGAUCAUAAAUCUAACAGCAAAGAGAGAGACAUCAGAAGAAAUUCAGAAAAAGAUGAUAAAUAUAAAAACAAGGUAAAGAAAAGGGCCAAAUCGAAAAGUAGGAGUAAGAGCAAAGAGAAAUCCAAGAGUAAGGAAAGAGAUACAAAGCAUAAUAGACAUGAAGAAAAGAGGAUGAGGUCAAGGAGUAAAGAAAGGGAUCAUGAGAAUGUUAAAGAAAAAGAAAAGUCUGAUUCUAAAGGAAAAGAUCAGGAAAGGAGUAGAAGUAAAGAGAAGUCUAAACAGUUAGAAUCCAAAAGCAAUGAGCAUGAUCAUAAUAAAAGUAAGGACAAGGACAGACGUGCACAGUCUAGGAGUAGAGAACGCGAUGUAACUAAAGGCAAACACGGUUACAAUAGUAGAACAAGGGAACGAAGCAGAAGUAGGGACAGGAGCAGAAGAGUGCGGUCUAGAAGCCAUGACCGAGAUCGCAGCAGAAGCAAGGAGUAUCACAGAUACAGAGAACAGGAGUACAGGAGAAGAGGAAGGUCACGGAGCCGAGACAGAAGAGCAACGCCAGGAAGAUCAAGAAGUAAAGACAGGAGGAGAAGGAGGAGAGAUUCACGGAGCUCAGAGAGAGAAGAAAGUCAAAGCAGAAACAAAGAAAAAUACAGAAACCAAGAAAGUAAAAGUUCACACAGAAAAGAGAAUUCUGAGGGUGAGAAGAGAAUGUACUCUAAAAAUCGUGAUCAUAGUAGCUCAAAUAGUAACAGGGAAAAAAAGGCUGAUAGAGAUCAAAGUCCAUUCUCAAAAAUGAAACAAAGUAGUCAGGACAAUGAAUUAAAGUUCUCAACUUUGAAAAAUAAGGAGGAUGAGAAGACCAGAUCCUCAGUGGAAAAAGAAAACCAAAAAUCAAAGGGUCAAGAAAAUGACCACACACAUGAUAAAAAUAAAAAAUUUGAUCAUGAAUCAAGCCCUGGAACAGAUGAAGACAAAAGUGGAUGAAUGAGGUAUAUAAACUUAUUUCCAUUCUGUCUCAAAUUUUAAGUUUUAGAGACUUGCUGAUGAAUCCCCUUUAUGUUGUUUUCUUUUCAUUGUUUUGGGUUUAUGUUUGUCCUUUUUUUUUUUUUUUCCAAUGUGGACUUUAUUGAGUCGAUCUUUUGAUAAUCUGCAACCUGGAUAAUUUGUACUGCAAAAGUUUUAAUAAACUUGAAAUGAGAAAAACACUUUGGUGUAAUACUGUGUGCUGUGUUUAACUAUUUCAUGUAUGCAUUUUUGUGUUGCAACAAUCAGCCAGUAGCAAACAUGCUUUUCUACACCCUGAUUUGUGUGAUCGGCCAGUUGGAAACAAACAUAACUGAUUGUUGGAAUACAUUGUUACAAAAGCUUGUGUUUCUCAUGAUUAAAGUAACCUUAGAAGCCACUAGGUAGAAGAAAUCUUGUGUAGAUUUUUCUAUAGCAUUUAUAACAGAGGCUUGCAGCAGCAGCUUUUAAUUACACAGAAGUGGGACCCUAAUAACUUGAGAUAUUAAGUCAUUACUUUUGAUUUUAUAGUAAUUUGUGCUUUAAAAUAGAUAUUUAUAUUGCACUUCAUGUUACUCUUUAUAUUUCUACCGGUAGCUUGUUUCAUAUUAAUAUUUUUCCUCUUUAGUUUUGUUUUACUUCACUGUCUAUAAAUAUAGUUGAGUAUUUUUUUUCAGUUGAUGUACUGAUUGGGCUUGGCUUGCUGUUACACAGCAUCUGACAAGAACUGUACCUUGAAAAUCAGGUUGUAAUUCUCAAUUCUGUGUUGCUGUUGGUCUGAAGAGAUGAAACUUGCUUUGGGGGAAUGUUUUAUUAUUAUUAUUACCAUUACCCUUCUCUAAAAUGAAAAAAAUAGUUUUCUCACUAAAACAUACCACUUGUGCAGGUCUUUAUGUUAGACAGAUUCUAAAAAUUGUUAGUAUUGACACAUUAACUUAGAUUUCUCUUUUUGGCCACUGACCUAUAUAGAGUUGAGUAUUAAUGUUGCAUGUUUUUUUUUUUUUUAACUUGAACUGACUUCUCUAACUCUCAUAACUGUGAGCUUCAACUGGCAAGAAAAUGCAUCUUUUUUAUCUAUGUAUCACAGUAGGCUGUAGCAUGUUUAUGACUCUGGUUUCUUCUAUUCAGGGGGCUUUAUACCGUAACUGUUAAUCAUUAUUUUAACUUGGCAUGUAUAGCAUUGCCACAUAGAGUAGAAAGUAGCAAAAUUUGAUAGCUUAUAGUGUGAAACACUAAAGAUAUCCAAAGUCCGUUUAGAAUUUUGUGUGUGGUAUAUUGCUAUUUUAGUGAUGUGUGGCCUUUUAUUCUGUAAUUUCUCUUCUAAAUAAAAUGUUGAACAUACAGUAAACACAAAACCUGCCUCAUUUGAAAAGAAAUUUCAGAAUUCCAAUUAGUAGUUGCCUCUAGAGUGCUUUUGUACUUUACUAUUUGUCAGUAGUGUCAAAUACCUACUCUGUUACCAAGGUAGCUCCUUCGUAAACCCAGUAGCUACUCAAUGUUAUUUGUACUGAGCAAAGCAAUGCUUAUUAGCAUAGUACUUCCCGUUAUUGAUUAAAACAGUAAUGAUACAUUUGGCAUUGUGGUAGCCAUUUAUAUAACAAAUAGGGUAAUGAUUGUUUGCAAUAUCUUGAAACAAAUAUCUGUAGCAGAGUCUUACCAAAUUUUUUUCCUGAUGGUAAAAGUAAUAGAUGUUUAUGAUAAUCCAGGGUGGUUGAUUCCUUAGAGACUUUGACCACAAACCUUAGAGAUAAUUGAGUCUUGAGUCCCCAAGCUGUAUAAUGUUAAUAUAUUUUAAAUUAGUUAUUGUUUGUCUUAAAUUCAGUAAACUGCAUUUAAAAAGUCUUUGUUAAACUAUUUGAGCUUCAAGAAAGGUGCUGUUUAAGAAAGGAUUUCUAAUAAUUAUAUUUAAAAAAAAAAAAAACAUGCUAAGUAAAAAUACUUCUAUGUUGUCUGAUCCCGGAGCUUUAUCCACUAAGAAUUAUAGACAAGUAACCAUAGGGGGAAAAAAUAGUAAUUUCGUUAAGUAGUAUUCUGUUUUGGUCAUCAAAGAAGCAAUUCCAUGUUAAACAUUAUUUAUAAGCCUUUUAAAAAAAACUUUGUUAGCUGUUUUUACAAUAGAACAGAUAUGUGAAGGAGUUGAAGUGAGAGAUGACAAUCAGCUAGAUUUUAUUUUCAGAAUAUAAAUAACAUUUAGAAAAUGAUCAAACAGCAUUAAUUGUACCUCAUCUGCCUUUGCAUCUGAAUAGUACACCAAUCAAAUGAUCCUUUCAUUACAUUUUUAAUAGUUGUGCAACCUUUAGUUUUUACUUUGAACAACUUUGUUUUCCUAAAAGUCAACUAUUUAAUUCUUUACUGCCAAAUUGAUAAUAGUUUGAGCUUACAGUUUACCUCAAAGUGUGUUUGAUUUAAUAUCCUCUUAAAGAUAUUUAGUUUGUUUUUAUUACUUGAUUGGCAAUAUAUGAGAAAUUUUUUCAUGAUUAUUUCAUGUGAAUUCUUUUUCUGGGUAAACCAUCUGCCACAGAAAUUGACACUGCAGAGUAAUUAAUGUUAAAGAGCUUGUAGAGAAGCUACUAGGUUGCUUUAAAACAUUUUUAAAUUACUCUAUAGGUAGUGAGUUCAUAGAGCAUUGUAGUUUCUAAGUUUCUUAAUCAGAUCCCUCACAGAAGUUUCAAAGAAUUUGUCUUAUAAAUCCAUCUUUGCACAAGUGUAAUAUUGAUUCAUAUUGGUUUUGCCUAAUGGCCUUUGAUUCUGUACUCAGUGGGAGAUAUGAAACUGAAAAGUAAAAAUUUCUUAAUAUUGGGGAUGGGAACAUACUGGGCUUCUCAUGUUUUCAGUAGUAGUAAUUACUGACAGUUCUAAUUUGUUUUCAGGUUAGUGUGUGGAACAAAUUAGUAUGGUUUUAGUAGUUGAUUUUGCUUUACUCUGGGUGGCAGUAUUUUUCAUCACACUUCGAACCUUUAUGGAAUUUGAAAAAUUCCAUCAGCAAGGUUGGAGAAGGGAGUUGUUGAGGGGUUUUGUUUGUUUUUAUGUACUGGGGGGAGUGGUGGGAUUGAUUUGUGUGUCUGCCCUGCCCCCCUUUUUCAAGCAAAUUCCUAUGUUUACCAAAAGCACAUGCUGUAUAUUUUGUUCCCCCUUUGUGUGUUUAUAGUAUUUUGAAGGAUAAAUGAAUUGGGUAUUUGUAUGUGGGUAUAUUAAAAGUUAUGGCUGCUCUCUUUACAGAAGGGAAAAACAAAUGAAGUUAAUGCACUUCUUUUCCUAGCUCAGAAGUCACUGUGAUGUAUAUUUUUUUAAUGAAAUUUAGGAAUAAAGCUGUUGUUGCAAUUGUAUAAUUAGUUUCAAAAUGCUGCUUCUCUUAUCAUUAGUCUAGUAACUGUUAAACUGUUUUCUGCAAACUGCAUUUUACAGAAUUUAAACUCUGAAACUAUCAACUUUUAUAGUUAAACAUUGUAUAAAAUAAACUAUACUAUCAUAAACAGUUUGUUUUUGUAUUUUUUAAAUCAUUGUAUUAGCUUAUUCGGCCUUUAUUUUUAUUAAAAGCUAAAUAAUGAAGAUAAAUCAAUUAAAAUAAUACUUUUAUUUUACCCACAGAAAUUGUAUUAGGAAAAAACUGAGCAAAGAGUUUAACAAUGUUGAACUUCUUUUAAGAAUUUAGCCAGCAGUGACAAUUUCCAGGUUUAGGAAUAAGUUCUAGUGUAACUGUUUAAUCAUAGUGCUUCACAUUGCAAGGUGUCUUUUGCCUCAGCAGACUUUUAAGGUUAUACAUGGAAUUUGCAUUUCUGUCAACUGGAAUGCUACUAUUUGCUUUUUAAUUCCUCCAAAUUUCUCAGCAGCAGGAACACUGUAUUAUAUUCUGUGCCUGCCAGCUUUAAUAUAACACUUACCAUUGUAAAGCCAUAUAAGUGUUAAUUGAGUUUGUAAAACAGAUUGUCUAGUUUUUGGUUUCUUGUUUAUUUUUGGUUUUAGGGAAAAUUAACCUAGUUAACUUGAGAGUUAGUCACUGAAAAUAUAUAUGCUUAAGUAAAAACGUUCUGACCAUUCAGUGGUUUAUAUGUGUUAGCAGGUGAAUAUUAUUAAACUCUCAAAUUCUGGAGUGUUUUUAAAUGUUUUAUUAAGCCAGGAGAAUAUGUAAAAUGUGAGUGCUUCAUAUGGACUGUGCAAAUUUGUUAUUAAAAUACUUUUAGUUUCAA